CCUCUGUAUCUGUCUGCCUCCCUUUAUCACUUCCCCCCUCCUUUCUCCACCUCUUCUUAUUUAUCUCCCUCCCUCCCUGACUGUGAUGUGGAUGCAGCGUGUGAGCAGCAGCCAGUGAGCGUGCCUACGUUAGCAGUGUGUGCUGUUGGAAUCCAUGCAGCGGCUGACUGUACUGCCUCUUAAAUAGGAGCAAACAGACUCAUCGCUCGUGACUCUGACACCACUGAGACCAACGCUCCCUCUCCCGGACUGACGGGCCAAUCGCAGGACACCCCUCACUCUCUGUCACUCUCUCUCUCUCUCUCUCUGAUUCUCUCUCUCGCAUUCAUUCCUUUGCUCUCUAUCUCUCUCUCUGUCUGUAGCUAAGUCUCUCUACCACACCUCGUCCAGAGCAGAGGAACAGAAAGCCCCCUGCCCAGCCCAGGGAUAGCCAGACCGCUGAGAGGAUGAAACUCUGACAAGCCGACAGACCGCAGGGAAACGAGCACAACUGCCCACAGAUAAUUGGUUGAAGGGAGAGUCCAGGAAGGUCAGCCAAGAAAGCAGCCGUAGGUGCCAGCGUGAAAUCUGCAGGAACUACAAUUACUUCAACAGUGAGCCGCUGGAACAAGGUGAAUGACAGACGCUGCUUCACACAGAGUGAUGCUGAGACUGGCUUAGGCUUGCAGCACCACUGAAGACUUACACGGCACUAGACAAUGACUAUUAGCCCCAAGACCAGCGAACAGUGAUCAACUGACCUCUGAGACAGGUUGUAUCUGACAGAGAGAGGACCACCUCCACGCUCCAGCCCCGCUCCAACCCACUGGUUCGUUAGUAUCAACAGUGAGUGAAUCUCCCAGCUUUGGCCCGUCCGGCGUUACCUGUACAUGGAGACCCCCAGCUGGGCAGGAAACACGUUGUGUAAAUCAGGAAGCAUUGCUGUCUUCGGGAACGUGGUGUACAGCGGGCUGCUCAACGAGCACCUCUGGCAUUUAGGAGUUCCCCUCUUCACGAGACUGGGUAACCAAGAGGCCACCAACCCCCCAGAAGCCAUGGCCCAGCCGUACACGCCUGCCCAGUACCCGCCUCCCCCACAGAAUGGCAUCCCGGCCGAGUUUGCGGCACCCCACCCCCUCCCCACGCAGGACUACACCGGGCAGAACAGGGUGCCCGAGCAUGCCAUGACCCUCUACACCCCCACACAGACGCACAGUGAGCCGCCGGGCACCGACAACAACACGCCCGCCAUCACCGCCAACACGACUGUACCGACAGAUGACGUGACGCAAUCAGAGGUCUCCCUGCAGCUCCAGCUGCAGCUCUCGGACUCCUCGGAGAAGCAGCAGCCCAAGAGGUUACAUGUCUCCAACAUCCCCUUCCGCUUCCGCGACCCCGACCUGCGGCAAAUGUUUGGGCAAUUUGGAAAGAUUCUAGAUGUGGAGAUUAUCUUUAAUGAGCGAGGAUCCAAGGGCUUUGGGUUUGUAACUUUUGAAACGAGCACAGAUGCCGACCGUGCGCGGGAGAAACUAAACGGUACAAUCGUAGAGGGACGCAAAAUAGAGGUGAAUAAUGCAACAGCAAGAGUGAUGACAAACAAAAAAGUUGCCAACCCGUACACAAAUGGCUGGAAGCUGAACCCUGUGGUGGGAGCUGUCUAUGGUCCUGAACUGUAUGCUGUAACAGGUUUCCCUUACCCGGCCACAGGGGCUACGGUGGCCUAUAGGGGUGCCCACUUGCGAGGCCGGGGGCGGGCUGUGUACAACACCUUCCGCACAGCACCUCCACCACCACCUAUUCCAGCCUAUGGAGCAGUGGUGUACCAGGAUGGCUUCUACGGAGCAGAAAUCUAUGGGGGCUACGCUGCGUACCGAUACGCCCAGCCCACCACCGCUGCUGCCUACAGUGACAGCUAUGGCAGAGUCUAUGCAACAGCAGACCCCUACCACCACACAAUCGGCCCUGCCGCUACAUACAGUGUGGGGACCAUGUAAAUAACAAAGGCAACGCUGUGCUCAGUAUUGAUGGACAUCACAGAUGAAAACAACGAGAAGAGGAGAACUAGCUUUAAGAAAACAACAGGAGAAGAAGAGAAGGAGUCCCUCUACUGAGGCCGGUGAGGAAUGACGGGAGGCGUGCGUGUGGAGUGGUGCCGCGGCGGUGUCAAAACCAGCCACAAGCGCUACAGACGGAGUGAGCCAGUUUCCACCAGGGACCACCUUUGCCGGAUAGAAGAGAAAGACAACGAGAGAAAAAAGAGAGAAAGCAUCCUGUUAUUAUUAUAACACAUUUUAUUUUUCUAUACUUUUGUGAUUUACAGCUUGUGAUUUACAAGUAAAAAGUGUGUAUAAAACAGUAUAUAUGUACAAAUAUGUUUUUAUGUUUUUGGUAAGGAAGACGAACAGUUGGCCCUUGAUGCUGAUUCUGUGGUGGAGAGGGAGUGUCCUGCUCUUCUCUCUCUGGCACACCACUCCUGUCACUGACAGACAAGAGGAGGUGAUAUAUAUAUAUAUAUUUAUUUAUAUAUAUAUAUAUUUAUAUACAGUAAUGUUACAGUGGCAGGCUAGGAGGGUUCAGCAUCCGGGCAAAAGCAUUGUAUUACAAGUCCACUUUCUGUGGGUCGGAGUCAAAGGUUAGCUUCCAGCUGGAGGUCUCUAUGGUUACACUUCCUGUGUGCGGUCUUUUCGUGGUCUCACUGAUCCGCUUCCUUCCUUGCGCUGGUGCCACUGUUCCACUGUUCCACUUCCUUUUGCAGUGUCACUGGCCAACUUCCUAUGGGUAGUCACUGCUGUUCUCUACUUCCCUGUGGAUACUGUCGUCAUGACUCCACUUCCUCCUGGCAGCACCACUGGUCCACUCUCCAUGGGCAGUACUGUCACUGGUCUACUUCCCUGUGGAUACUGUCGUCAUGACUCCACUUCCUCCUGGCAGCACCACUGGUCCACUCUCCAUGGGCAGUACUGUCACUGGUCUACUUCCCUGUGGAUACUGUCGUCAUGACUCCACUUCCUCCUGGCAGCACCACUGGUCCACUCUCCAUGGGCAGUACUGUCACUGGUCUACUUCCCUGUGGAUACUGUCGUCAUGACUCCACUUCCUCCUGGCAGCACCACUGGUCCACUCUCCAUGGGCAGUACUGUCACUGGUCUACUUGUAUGUGGGUAAGCCAGUAGAGAAAUGAGAUAAGUUCCUCCCCCAGCAGAGGUCUCUGAUUGACGACGAGAGAAAGAGAGUUUGAUGCGUUAGUCCCUGACUUUCCUCACCUGCCAGGGUCAAAGCCCAAGCCUUUGUGUCUCUAUCUGCACCAGUGGACAAAGUAUCUCAAACAGACAGACCAACAAACCAGGGUGCAUUUAACUAACGACGCACGUUUCCAGAGAAGAGAAAUACUCAUCAAUGUCCAUGUAACAAUUGAAUUAUAAUCGAAUAAUCUAAUUGUAAUACAUCAGCAGGUGCAUAACCAAAACACAAGCCUAAGGCAUAUGGACUAUGUCGCUUGAUAAACAUUAUAGAACUAGUGCCCAUCCAAUGGUAAUAAAGGAAUGAGGGCUGAAACAUGUCAAUUACAAUGUUGUUUUGUCAAUGUAUUCUGAGAAUAUUUAUUUGUGUGAUUUGCAGCACUGAAAACUUUUAAAGAAGAAAAAAACGUUUUAAUUUGUUGAAGCAACCUUACUUUAUAUCAGGAGAGUCACUGUAAACAUGUGUUUAAACAAGAAUGUUAGUUCAGUUCUUGAAUGUAUUUUAAUGUCUAGGGUUUCCAACAAGUAUGUAUUCUUUUUCUGUAUAUAAAUAUAUAUAUAUAUACAUAUAUAUAUAUAUACAUAUCUAUUAUAUGGGCUGUGGUGGUGUCAGGGAGUAGAGGGGGUAGAUAAGGGGCACCCUCCUACAAGCUAUACCCCUGAUAUACUGUAACAUGUGAUCAUGUGUUAUAUGACUGAAAGCGUGAUGGUGAUUGUGUGAACUGAUCUUCCCCUCCCCCUGCACUUAAAGAGAUUGGACAGGAUCUUAAGCACUUACAAAUUCGUAACAUGCUGUAUGAAUUGGAUUUCGUAACAUAUCAUGCACAUUCUUUUUGCAAGACAAAAUGGAUGACGUUGUACACAAUUGUGCACAGUUUUCGGGGACCGAAAAACUACUGGCUGAAAUUAUAUGAAACCUUCAUAAUGCAUCUUUAAACAAAGACACAUGAACAUACACUCAAAUACAGAGAAUCACAGAAUCACAGACACACGUUUUGGCCUAGAAAUAUGCUACAGAACUGCUUAACAACUUGCUGAUUGCCAACAGAUAGCUAGUGCUCCAGAGAGUCAUUCACAACUACUCUGGCCCUGCAGGGCCCCAACUACUCUGGCCCUGCAGGGCCCCAACUACUCUGGCCCUGCAGGGCCCCAACUGCUCUUGCCCUGCAGGGCCCCAACUACUCCGGCCCUGCAGGGCCCCAACUACUCCGACCCUGCAGGGCCCCAACUACUCCGGCCCUGCAGGGCCCCAACUACUCCGGCCCUGCAGGGCCCCAACUACUCCGGCCCUGCAGGGCCCCAACUACUUCGACCCUGCAGGGCCCCAACUACUCUGACCCUGCAGGGCCCCAACUACUCUGACCCUGCAGGGCCCCAACUACUUUCUCUUAGCUAUAUUACAGACACCCUUAUGGAAAUAACAUGUAUAUUCAUCAUCACAUUAAGUAACAGGUACUGUUGAGGAAGGCAAUGAUCAUAAGCAGGUUUAGUGUAUAGAUGUAGAUUUGAUUGCGAGAGUUACAUAGUGUAUGUGGCUAACUAACUCCCAGUCAGUUUCAGGUGAAAUGUGAGUGUGAAGAAACAGCAGGCAGGCAGGCAGGCAGGCAGGCAGGCAGGCAGGCAGGCAGGCAGGCAGGCAGGCAGGCAGGCAGGCAGGCAGGCAGGCAGGCAGUAGGCCGCCCUCCUGAUCUCUGUGUAGACUGCAAGUACCAGUCCUUAUCUUCCUGAGCCCUGAGCACAAUGGCUUGAGCUGUGACAUGAGCAGGAUAUCCCUCUGAGAGAGAGUUACUACUGUACCGCCCCCUCCCGUUCUACUGUGUGAGUCUACCGUCCCUUUUGUAUUCCUGAACCUACUGUACAUAAUAUCCCCCCUCCCCUCUGACUCCCAAAAUCUUGUAUUUUGUUCUAUAAUGACACAUUUAUUUAUAAGGAUUUUUUAAAUAUAUCUCUUUCUCCUUUUUGUAAAUGUUCCAGUUAAAUAAAGUUCAAAAAUGUUAAAAAAUUCAAUGGAUAUAUUGAAAGGUAAAAGUCUCUAAAAGUCCCCUCUCCUCUGGCUCUGUAUUCUAAACUUUGUGUUUCUCUUUCUGUAUGCUUCUCUUAUGUGCUUCAGAUUAAGAGUUCUAUUUAUUAUGACAUUAACGUUAUUAUAAUUAUGACUAAUUAUUAAUAUUAUCAUCAUCCUCAUCAUCAUCAUUAUUAUCAUUAAUAAACUUGUCUACUUCAACCAAAA